ACUAAACCUUCCUUGUAGGGACAACUGUGGAUGAGCAAUUGUGUGUCUGUCUAACUCGCAACCAAGGCCGCUCGAUUCACCUCACCACCAUUAAUAUAGCCAAUCCGCUUCCUGGUUUUCUGAUACCAUUACCGUAGAACAAUCAGGUUUCUUUCGUAAGUGAGUUUUCAUUUGUAGUUAUCAUGGAAUCGCCAGUCAGCUCAAGCUCCAAGGUGGAAAACGAAACCAAAGAUUCAUCAGUGAAGUCAGAAACUCCCACGAGACCUAGUCCCAAAGCAAGUAGCAAACGCUCUGGUCGUUCUGACAGCAGUCCAAGUAAAGGAUCCGCCAAGGAAUCACAAAAUCAACCAAGUGCGAAAAGCCAUGCUUCUUCUGCGACACUACCUAUUUCUAGUUCCACGGCAAAGAAAAGAAAACGACGUACAAUCAUAAAAAACGUUGAUUACUGUUCCGCAUGUGGUGGUCGAGGCUUGUUCCUGUGCUGUGAAGCUUGUCCUAGAAGUUUUCAUUUGACCUGCUUAGAUCCGCCGCUCAUAGAAGAUGAAAUUCCAGAUGGAUCAUGGUACUGCACUUCAUGUUCUUUGACUCAGCAUGUGCCUCCAAAACAACCUCUUGGUUUAUGGUCUCAGCUUUUUGACUGGGUCGAUUCUGCAAAUGUUUCUCAGUACAGCUUGCCUGAUGCAGUGAUACAUCACUUUCAUGGUUUAAGUCGAGACCCAACCGGUAAAUAUGAAGAGCAAGAAGGUCAGAUCUCUCCAGAAGAAUUGUCUUCGUUGCCAAAAGACUCCUCUAUUACUUCGCUAGCAUACUGCGGCCACUGUAGUAAACCUUCAAUGGGCGCUUGUAAAGUUUUUGGGUGUCAAGUCUGUGAUACGUUCUACCAUACUACUUGCUUCAAACACGCUAAAGCUUGCCAUCAUGAUGUCCCUAGUAAACUUGGUCUUCGCGUGCCUCGGAAUGCCGUUGUUGUCCGUACACCCGCUUUGCCUGAUAAAACCAUACCUUCCGAUACUCCUCCCUUGAUUGCAGGCUGGCAAUUUGCUGUCAAAGAAGAACCAUCAGACGAUAACUGCGUAAAUUUCCCAAGGUUGCCUGUCAGUUGUCUAUACAAGGUUUCAGUUGAUGGCCUUAUUAAAGAUUUCCUGUAUACAGUUCAACAGCAAAACAAGGGCUUAGAGAAAAGUCGCAGAAUGGAAGGUAAUAUUCAGCCUACUUUGCGGAGUACUCUAAUGACAAAACGCAAUCAUCCAAAAUUGCCCCAAACACUUAGAAAAAUGUUUCUCCAUUCCCAAUAACGUAUUACGGUUACGCCGAAAUUCAGUUUAUUCAACUUGUUCAAAGUCGAAGCAUAUUCAUUUACUUAUUUUUAAGUACCAAAAAACUAGUAUUUGAGUGUUUUGCAAGGUGUUCAACACCAUAUUAAUGAAAGCUGUACAUUAUCUAAUUACUUUGUUUAACAAGACUUCACUUUUAAGAUUUUUUAUUAAAUGUCUACAUAAUAUUGAUAGUUAAUUCUAGUGUAAUCUAAAAAAUAAAGAAUAUAUCGGAACCGAAG